CCCUCACUAUGUGCUUUACAGAACUGGAAAUGAAAGUUCGAUCGCUAGGAGGCACCUCCCGCAAAUGGUUGGAUUGUAACGUAAUAGGUAGGCGUCUCGACCCACCGAGUUUGGUUAUCACUAACGCGGCACGGCGGAGGCCGAGCGGAUCGAUGGCUCCGGGCGGCUGUGAUUUAAGCGUUGCUGCAGAAUCCUAUGCAACGAGCUCGUCCGACCGUUGGUUGGGCUAUUUAUUGGACAAGCCUACAUCCUCCUUCCGAGGGAGAAGUUUUCAUGGCUCGGUAAUUUGCAUGCGAACAUUCUCGGACCUCUGUUGUGGAUGGCACGCACUGGCGUCGUACGCAGAGCGCUUGUGCCACGUUCCGCCACUACCACCCUUCUUCCGAGCUUCCGCUAGUAUGGGUUACUUAACUGCUCGGGAGUCCUCUUCUCCCUUUGUCUCCACACGCAGUUCUCUAACGCCAUGAGUUUCAUCGCCUCGACCAGGGCGGUCUUCACGCGCAUAUUUACUGCCUUGGCCAACUUCGUGAAGAUAUGCCUCAAGCCUUUUGUUCAAGCUCGGUCUUUAAGCAGAGAAAUCGGAGGUCUGGAUGACGGCACUUUUGAGCUUGCCUCGUCUGGGCCACGGCCCCAGGAGGACAGAGUUGAGAAUAGAACUUCGCAAUUGCAAUAUCAGUGGGAAUCCGUGAUGCCUAAGGCUGUCUGUAUCUGGGGAUGUGAUUGUGAAUUCUGUCGCUUGCGACCCGUGAAUGUUUCUGGAAACACUGGUGCUCACACCGUCUACAUUCCAACAGACCACUCUCCAAGGCCUCCGCAGCAUUACAGACUACCCUCUCUUCGUUGUGUCAUGGACACUCUUUAUCCCCCCUCUCUCCUGACUGUUCCCACUGUCCUACCCAACUUUGCUACCUACAUCCCUGAAGAUCCCUUACACUUCCCUGCCGCUUGCGAGAAUAGAUGCCCUGCACCUUCCCAUGUUUCAGGUGGCUCGCUAGGAGAUGUGUACCCACUUCGCAGUGGCGGCCGCGGUCCGACAGUAUGGGCCGAAUUAGGGGAUGGAGACAGAACUGACGACAGCUUUCCGCCCCCUCCCUAUUCACGCUUUGACGCCGCGCGCCCUCGUUGUUACGAGGUGCCAGACACCUUAUCGCGUUAUCCACAUAUUUCCUUUCUUAAUUCUCUGGCGUCCUGAGAGUUGACUUAUUCACACACCCAAUGGGUAGACAAGGGGUUAAAAGUAGAAGUCCUCCUGUAGUCCUAUGAAGGUUAUGUUCACAGUCGCGCUGUAGAGUUACUUUAGAAGGGGAGACGCAAUCUGUGUAAUUCCCACGUCUUUGUAAGUUAUCACUAGGUCCGAAGGUGGGACUCGAACGGCUCGAGAGGGAU